AAAAUGUAUUUUCAAAGGGAGACUAUUUGCAGAUGUUAAUAGCAUAAAUUAUCUAUUUUGGAAGAGAGACUGGGAAUGAUCAAGCGUUUUCGUUGUGAACUAUAUGGGAUCGCGGAGUAAUACCAAUGGGUGUAAAUCGAAAUGUCCUUAUGUGGAGAAGAGUAGGGGGUUGGGUUUGAUUGAUUAGUUGUAGGCGGAAACAACUUCUAUCUACAACUUUGCACAGUUAUGGUAAAUUAUAUGCCAUGGACAAUUUCUUUCGUUUACACUAAUCUGUGCUAAUUCAUUUGACCGUGUUUCCUAAAGCUCACAGAGAACACGCAACAGCACUAUAUAGCUAGCUAGCUAGGCUUUACUUGUUGAUAAAGUCGCUAGCUAAAUGCCAUUUAACUAGCUAGCUAUCUCUCGGUUAGUUGGAUUUCACGGCAAUUUGCACCAACAAAUUGAGGAAUGGACAGUUUUUGAAUAAUUUCUGUUCGAUCACAACAUCGCUCAUUUACGCAUAAACCCAGUGGAUCCAUCGACCGCGGCGGCGCGAGAGGUUUGAAGGCCUGGGGGACAGGUUCGGAAUGUUGGGGGGAAACGGGGCAGGAUUAGGUACAAGAGCAGGGGGCGCACGACCUGGAAAUGGGACUGGGUUGACCGCUCUGCAAGUUAAUAACCCAGGAACGAACAUGAGUGGUGCCGAAGGUGGAAGGUUUGACGACCGAAUCAGAGAAUACUCAGCCGAGGUGGUGUACAGCGGCUCUGAACCAGAGUCCGACUCCGGGGAUGAUGAUGAUACCAUGGGUUCAGCCGGGGACCGAAGAGGGGUGAAACGAGAGAGAGCUGAGAUGGAAGUCGCUGCAUCGACGACGUCUAUGGGGCAACCCCCGGGAGGUUAUGGUGGUGUCACGGGAGGUGCAACAGGGGCAAAGCCAGGCAAGAAAACCCGCGGACGAGUCAAGAUCAAAAUGGAAUUUAUAGACAACAAACUUCGGCGGUACACAACUUUUAGCAAGAGGAAGACUGGCAUUAUGAAGAAGGCCUACGAGCUCUCCACUCUAACGGGCACCCAGGUCCUCCUCCUGGUGGCCAGCGAGACUGGCCAUGUCUACACGUUUGCCACGCGCAAGCUCCAGCCCAUGAUUACCAGUGAGACGGGCAAGGCGCUCAUCCAGACGUGCCUCAACUCGCCCGAUUCGCCGCCCCGCAACGACCCGUCCACCGACCAGCGCAUGAGCGCCACAGGCUUCGAGGAGACGGACCUCACCUACCAGGUGUCGGAGGGUGACGGCUGCGCGGAGCCCACCAAGGACAUGAUGAAGCCGACGUUCACCAUGGCCAAUCUGCCUGCCGGUGUCAACACCCAACCCACGUCGACCUCCUCAUCCUCCACUUCCUCCUCCUCUGUGGCCAUGCACUUGCAGAACAGCAUCCCUGCCACCUGCUGGCAGGUCUCGGCAGGCAUCAAUACUCACAGUGCCACCAGCAGUGCCAACGGCACGGUGCUGAAGACCUCGGCCACGUCAACGAGCGUCAUGCUACCCGGAGGGUUCACUCUCAUGUCUGGCGCAACGCUUCCCCCUGGCACGCACACCAUUCCUCUCAGUCACCUGCAGGCCCUCCAGGGCCCCUUGGCCCAGACCAGCAUCACCACCGCUACCGCAGGGCACACACAGCAGGGCCAGCAGACCACCCUGCUCCGCCUACCUGCAACUGUCUCGCUCACAGGUGGAGGGAUGGGCCAGCAGCUGCAGGCCAUUCAGGUUCACCCCAGCAGUCAGCAGAGCUCUGUGAGCCACAGUGACCUCUCCCACAUCACAAGCAGCUCCACAGUGAGCCUCCCCACCACCAUCGUCACGUCCUCGGUGCCCUCAUCGAUGGGUGGUCACAUGAUGUACCCCGGCGCCCACACUGUCAUGUACGCCACACCUACGACCUCGUUGGGCGACGGCAGUCUGACCGUGCUCAACACCUUCCCACAGACAGCCCAUACGCAGUCCCAUGACCCCGAUGCUGAUUGGUCAGCAGUCAAGCAGCAGCAACCUCACAGAGCUUCAAGUGGUCAACCUGGACGCCCAUCACUCAAAGGACGAUUGACCCGCCCACAUAUAGACUGCUUUACCAAGACACAUUUGAAUGCACACACGCCAGGGGAUCACUCACGCCUUGCCAACAGACUGCCACCCCCUAUUUAUUACUGCCUUUUCACCGCAAUCAUUUUGUUUUUUAAAAAUAAACCUUGUAAUAUGCACACACUUACAAUGGUUUUACAGAGAAUUGAGGUGUGGUGCUGCCAUUUUACUUUGUAUAUUUGUCUUUUAUUUUCUUCCUCUGCAAGAGUUUCUUGGCUUGACAUAUCCACAUAUUGCUGAGGCUACAGCUUCACAUUUCAAUCGGAGACGUGUAGUGUGUACACAUACCUACCGGUUGUAUGUAUUUGAACUGAAGAGGUUUUGAUAUUGUUUUUCUUACGAGUGUAUUCUCUUUUAAGCCCCCUGUGCAUCCUAACGUUGAUUACUUAUAUUUUUCUUAUGUUGGCAUAUGAAUGAUAACUUUACAACACCAGUUGCUGUCAUUAAGGUAAUCAUAUAAUUUUUAUUUCAUUUCUGGGGGGAAAUGUGCAAUUGAUGCCAGUAUCUACUCGCUGAUAAUGCUACAGUUAAAUAAAUAUAUAUAGUUGAAGUCGGAAGUUUACGUACACCUUACCCAAAUACAUUUAAACUCAGUUUUUCCACAAUCCCUGACAUUUAAUCCUAGUAAAAAUGCCCUGUUUUUAGGUC